AUGCCAGAGAAGCGGAAGCCACCUACCUCUGCCUCUGGGACAUCUCCGUAUUCCAAACGAUUUCGCCCAUCGUACAGGGAAGAAGAGGAUGCCGACGAGAUGGCGCCCACCGUGACCCCAUACGAACGCCCUCGCAACCAUCCUGUAUAUGGACAGAAGAGUGCUUUCCCAGGCUUAGACGUCGGAGGGGAUGAUGAACUAUUCUACGGGCCCGCAGAAGAUGGGAUGGAGUAUCUUCGCAUGGUUCGAUCCGAAGCGAAUUCCCUACCUAUCUUGUUCACUGCGCCCAAAGCUGCGGAUGCUCCUGUGGAGCAAACAAGCGAUGAGAGCGGAGCCGUGCAACAACCUCAACCGACUCCGACAGCAGUGCGCGAAGGUUUCUUUGCAGAUGGCGUUUAUGUCGCACCUUCUGUGAAAGCUGGAGACGCACAGUCAAACACCGAAGCUGCGGAAGACGUAUACUCGGAUGCACAGUCAAGCUACUACAACCUCCUCCACCACAGAUUCCUCUUACUCCGUUCCAUCCUGAAAUGCACACCGCCCUCAACAGCGAUCGCUGUAUUGGAUGACUCACAUCCGAUCAGCUUCCCCCGACACUCGAAGACAGCGCGCAAGGAAUGGCGACGGCUUCUGUUAGUGGUAGACCCGCAGACGGUCCAGCUGGCAUGCAUGGAUAUGGACAGUGUGCUGGGUGUGCUGGGGAUAAUGGCGAGGCUCAUGUCAGAGAAUGUCAGGAGCGGAGACGCGGAACGGGUCCGUCGGAUCGGCGCUUGGGCCUGGGGUCUCUUGGCCAAGUGUCGCGAUGUUGGGCAGCUGGGGACUGAAGAGGUCGGUGACAUACGUGAUUUGGGGAAGCGAGCCGUGAAGAUCCUGCACAAGAUGAGGGAGGAGGAUGAGAGGACCAAGGUCGCCCACCGAGACGGGGAGCUGUCGAAUGAGGAAUCAGACGACGAGGAGAAUUUGGAGGACACUCACGAACCUGCCGAAGACGAUCAAGCGUACAGUCCGCCCAUGGAGCAGAUCGACCAUGUCAUGCAGGAUGUGGAAGAAGAGCCGCCGACCGAGGAUCUGGAGACAGCCAAAGCGCGUCUGCAAGCGAUGUUGAGCGGGAACGAAGAGCAGACAAUACAAACAACCGAGCCAGGAAACGUUGGUAUUGUCGACGACGUUGUACAGAGCACCGAAGGCAGUGUUGUCGAAGUGGCUAUACAGACCCGCGCCAUGCUCGACAUGAUCAUCACUGUGGUUGGUGAGUACUUUGGGCAAAAGGAUCUGCUCAAGGAACGAGAGUUCUGGAAUGAUUCCUCGCUACCUGCCACCACAGUAUGA